AAGUAGUAUAUAUACUACUAGCCUUCCUCUUCAAACACACAUAAUAUAGUAUAAUAUAUGAUCAUUUCCAUUUUGAGAUACAUAUAUAUAUGGAGACACAACACUUACUUUUCAUCUUCUUUUCACUCUUGUUAUUCCUUUCCCUCAUCCUUCAUACAUGGAAGAAAUCGAAAACCUCUAACAAAAGAUUGCCUCCAGGGCCAUGGAGGCUACCUUUUAUUGGAAACUUACACCAAUUAAUGAAUGGCAGGUUGCCACAUCGUAUUUUCAAAAAUCUAUCGCAAAGGUAUGGACCGAUCUUUCAUUUACGUCUAGGAGAAGUAUCACUCGUAGUGGUAUCUUCGCGCGAUAUAGCAAAAGAGAUAAUGAAAAUUCAAGACCUUCAUUUUGCUACAAGGCCUCCAUCAAUGGCAGGAGAAGUUAUCAUGUACAAUCACUCGGACAUUGGAGCAUGUCCGUAUGGUGAUUACUGGAGAAACAUGCGUAAAGUUUGUAUUGUGGAGCUUCUUAGUGCAAAGAUGGUCAAAUCAUUUAACUCAAUUCGACAAGCAGAGAUGUCAAGUCUCAUUUCAUCGAUCAAUUCCAUGCCAGAUUCAAUAAUCAACUUAACAGACAAAAUUUUUUGGUUUACAAGUUGUGUAACUUGUAGGUCAGCUUUUGGAAAAGUAAUCCAUGGUCAAGAUAAGUUGAUCAUGUUGGUGAAGGAUAUCGCGUUAUUAGCUGGAUAUGACUUGACUAGUUUAUUUCCUUCCCAAAAAUGGCUUCACGAUAUUUGUGGAUUGAAGUCAAAAAUAUUGAAGAUUCACAGAGAAGCCGAUGUAAUUUUAGAGAGUAUCAUUAAUGAACAUAAGGAAAAUCGAGCAAAUGUUAACAAGGGCAACAGCGAUUCUGGAGGUGAAGAUCUAAUUGAUGUUCUACUACGAGUCAUGGAGAGUGAUGAACUGGGAACUCCCAUCACAAAUAACAAUAUCAAAGCUGUUGUUUUUGACAUGUUCUUAGCAGGAGCUGAAACAUCAUCUGCAACAAUUAUUUGGGUAUUGGCAGAAUUGAUGAAGAAUCCAAGUAUCAUGGCUAAAGCACAACAUGAAGUUAGAGAAGUCUUUAAGGGAAAGAAAGUAAUUGAUGAUAUUGAUCUAGAAAAGUUGAAGUAUCUAAAAUUAGUGAUCAAAGAAACACUAAGGCUACACCCUCCAUUUCCUUUAUUACUCCCAAGGGAAUGCAGGGAAGAAACAAGAAUUGGAAAAUACACAAUACCUAUCAAAACAAAAGUCGUGGUGAAUGCAUGGGCAAUCGGGAGAGAUCCUAAAUACUGGCAUGAUUCGGAAAGCUUUAUCCCGGAGAGAUUUGAGAAUAGUUCUAUUGAUUUCCGAGGGAAUCAUUUUGAAUUCAUUCCCUUUGGCGCGGGAAGAAGAAUGUGUCCAGGAUUGUUAUUUGGGUUAGUGAACGUACAACAUCCUUUAGCUCAGUUGAUUUAUCACUUCGAUUGGAAGACUCCUUAUGAAGCCAAUUCAGAGAAUUUUGAUAUGACUGAAACAUAUGGAAUCACUGCUAGAAGAAAACAUGAUCUUUCUUUAAUUGCUACUCCUUUUGAUAUCUCUUAAUAGUUGAAUUUAAAUAGACUUAAAAGAACUUUGCUCCUUUUAAGUAGCUGCACUAGUUGCAACUUGCUUAUCAGUCACUGAUAAAUAAGGUAAUUCAUUUAUAAUAAUGUCUUAAAUUAGCAAUAUAAUACUAAAGCUUUUCCAAUUAUGCAUGAUGUUUUCAUAUUGAGCUCAUAAAAUUUGAUGAUUUUUGUCC